AUGAAAACCUGGAAUUACACAAAUCAACAUGAAUUCAUCCUCAUGGGAUUGACAGAUGUUAGAGAGAUCAAGCUGUUCCUAUCUGUGCUGUUUCUCCUGAUAUACUUGGUCACUGUGCUGGGGAACAUAGGCAUGAUACUGAUCAUUCAUCUAGAUGUCCAGCUUCACACUGCAAUGUAUUUUUUCCUAACACACCUGUCAUUCCUUGAUCUUAGUUACUCAACUGUCAUCACACCUAAAACUUUACAGAAUCUGCUGACUUCUACCAAGAACAUCUCCUACAUGGGUUGCUUCACUCAAAUUUACUUUUUUGUCCUUUUGGCUGUUACUGAGUGUUUCCUUCUGUCUUCAAUGGCAUAUGAUCGGUAUGUAGCCAUCUCAAACCCUCUACACUAUUCAGUUGUUAUGUCCAGCAAAUUCUGUAGUGUCCUUGUUACUGUGUCAUAUGUGUUAGGAGCUGUGGAUUCCACCGUCAAUAUGUUAUGCAUGAGUACAUUAGAUUUCUGCAAGUCUAAUGUCAUACAGGACUUUUUUUGUGAUGCAGCCCCACUUAUAGCCCUGUCUUGCAGCAACACACAUGAUAUUGAAUUAAUUAUAUUUGUUUUUGCUGGUUCUACCUUACUGUUGUCCCUUAUCGCAAUAUCUGCAUCUUACAUGUCCAUUCUUUCUACUGUCUUGAAGAUCAAUUCCACUUCAGGAAAACGAAAGGCCUUCUCAACAUGUGCCUCUCAUAUCGUGGCAGUCAUCAUAUAUUAUGGUACCUUGAUAUUUACUCAUUUGAAGUCAAAUAAGUCCUCCUUGGGAAAGGACCAAUUGGCCUCCGUGUUUUACACCAUUGUGACCCCCAUGCUGAAUCCACUUAUUUAUAGUCUUAGAAAUAGUGAAGUAAAAUAUGCUGUCAUUAGAGUUAUAAAGAAGAGAGUGAGCACUCUGGACAGCUAA